AUGGAACAUUAUAUUUUCUUAACUAAAUCUUCAUUUGAGAUGGCUCCAAAUAAUGAAACUGAGAAAAAUGAUAUUUUAAAAGGAUGUUUAAAAGGAAUAUUAUAAUCUUUUAUUAAAGUUAGUAUAGAUUCUGAUUUACUUGAAUCUUUGUUUAAAGGUGCAUGUUUACUAUACAAAAUGUAUGAUAUAAAUUAAAAAAGAAAAUAUUAUGAAGUUUAUUUUCAAAUAGAUAAUUUACUAUGGGAACUUAUAAAUUACUUUAAGAAAAAUAAAUAAUAAAAUAUUUAAGAAAUAAUUUCACAUAUGGAAGCCAUAUAUGAAAAAUUAAUAAAAAAUUCAAACAAUUGGAAUGAUCAUUAUUGUUGGAUUUAAAUGAUAGGCAAUAUAUUAGUCUAUAAUCCUAAAAUAAAUUAAAAGAGAUUAUGUUAAUUAUCUUACAAAUUUUAAUACUUAGGAUUGACUACAAAUUAAAUUUGGAAAGAUUAUAUUAAUCAAAAAAUAUUAAUUAGUGCAAUUAAUUGUAAGGAUUGGGCAAUUAUAUAACUUAAUUAACUUAAUAACCAAAAAUUAACACAAACUGAUAAAUUAAUAUUAUAAAAAUGUUUUUAUGGAUGGGAAAACUUUAUAUUAUUUAAAGAAUACUUAAUGGACGAUUAAUCUAUUAUUAAAUAAUCAAAUAAUCCUCCUUCAUUUGAAUCAUAUUUAAAGAAUAAAUUAAAUUUAGGGAAUUAAAAUAGUGAAAGCAAUGAGGAUUUUUUUAAUGUAAAUACAAUUCAAAAGUUUUUAAGUUUCAUAAUAUCAAAUCAAUUAUUAAAAUUAAUUGGAUAAAAUUAUGAAAAUCUAUCAAUAUUAUUUAAGAAUAUGAAAAAUUUGAUGAAAAAUAUAAUUUAAAUAUUAAAACAACUUAAAGAACAUUUUCUUAAUAAAUCUAAACAAACAUUAGCUAUCUAUAAGAAUAUUUUCAAAACAUUCUUAAUAUUAUGAAAAUUUAUAAUCUUUAUUUAAAUGAAAAGAAUAUUAAAAAUAAUUUAAAUAAAAAUAUCAAAAAUUAAGAGAUGAUUCAUAUUUUAUAAUUAACGUAUUUCAUGAAACUAACAGAAUAUAUAUAACAAGAAUAUAUUAAAGAAAUUUAAGAAAGAAACAAUGAAAAAUCUGGACUAUAGUAAUCAAAUAAUGAAAUUGAUGAAAUUUUUUUAAAAGAAAAUGAAAUAAUUGAGUAAGAAAUAUGUAAAUUAACAAAAAUUAAAUUUUAAUAAAAAACUUAAUAAAUAAUUAAUAACUUCUAUUAGAAACUUCUAACUUUAUCAAAAGUUUUUCAAGAUAAAAAAAGAAAGAAGAAAGAAUCAUUAAGUUUACUAAAAUUUUUUGAAAAUUCAAAAAAAUAAAUGAAAAUUGUAGAAAACUCACUUCUUUAAAAGGAUAAUUUAGUCCUAUAUUUUGAGAUAACAAUAAAAAAUCUUAUUCAAUAUUACAAAUUUGAAUAUGAAAAAUUUUAUGCUGAAUUUGAUGGCAUCAUCUAAAUUCUCAAGAAAAUUAUGAUUAUAAAGUAUGAAAUAGAAGCUUCUUUUUUAUCCAAUCAAGAAAAAAAUCCAGAUUUCUGAAAAUAUUUCUAAAAAAGAGGUUAAAUUAACAUUUAUAUGUAAAAGCAGCAAUUAAAAUUAAUGAUUUUUAAGAAUACCUUUAGAAUAUUUUAUCAUCAGCUUAAUAGUAUACAUAAGAAUUAUAAUAGUUGAAAGAAAUUAUCAAUUUGGAUGAAUUUUUACUUGAUAUCAUUAGAGAUUACCCCAUAAGAACUAACAAAAGCCAUGUUAAAGUUUAUAAAAAGACUAUAUAAGAAUUGAAUAGUAUGGAGUUAACAAAAAUUUAAUUCUAAAAUAAAUUAUCAAAAUAUUAAGGAAUAUUAGAAUUUAACAUUUUCUAAAGAAAAAAUUACUUACAUGAAUUUAUUGACAAAAUAUUAUAAAUAAUAGAAGAGCUCAAUUUUUCUUAAUCAGAUAAAUAAAAUCCUUAAGAAAAUUUAAGCUAAUAAAAAUUAAAGUUUGAAUAAGAAAAGCUUGAGGUUUAUUAAUUGAUUUAAGAAAAAUAAAAGAUUUCAGUAAGAACUUAAAUAAAGAUAAGAUUGGCAAGGAAUUCUUAAAGAAAUUAAUAAAAUAAAUAGAGAAAAUUAUUUAAGUAUUAAAUAAUCCUUUAAAUUAAUAUAUAGAAAAUAAUGAUAUUAAAUAAAUAUUGAAAUUAACAAUUAAUGGAGAAUUAGUGGAAUUAAAAAACAUAUUAAGAUAAUUUAAUUAAUAUUGUACUGAACAAGAAAAAUAAUAAUUAAAAUAAAAUAAUCUCUAAUUUGAUGUACAGAGAGGUCAAUAUCAACUAGAAAAUAAGAUAAAUAUUUAAAAUAAUGAGAAUUAUAGAGUAAAUUUAUAAAUAAUUGCUAAUAUUAUAAGACUUUAAUAAAUAAAAAUUUAAGAAGAAAAACAGUUUUUAAAUCAACUACUUUAAGUUAUUUAAGAUUUUUAAAAGUAAUCUCUUAUAAUGAAGGAAGAAACAAAAGAAAUAAUCAAUUAACAUUUUAACUCAUAUUUUUAUACAUUAAUUAAGAAUUUCGAUAAUUCACAAUCAACAAAAAUUGACCUAUAGCAAGAGGAAAAUGAAAAUUUUAAAACAUACUUUGAUAGAAUAUAAAUGACCCUAUAAUAGGAAGAACUUUUAAUCGAUAAUAUUGUUGAAAAAAGGAAUUCUAAAAAAAUAAAUCUUCUAGAUUUUUUUUAGAAAUUAAAAAUAAGUAUAAAAAAAUAACUCGUAAUAAAUAAUAAAUCCUCAGAUAUAUCAAUGGAAUAAGAACAUCUGAUUCAAUUAAUUCCUAAAAUCUAUUUAAACCAAGACUAAUAAGAUUUUGAAGAAGAACCUAAUCAAAAUAAAGGUGGUUUAUUUGAUUCCUUGAAACAAAACUAUAAAGAUUUUAAGAAUAAUGAUGAAUGGAAAAUUAAAUAGGACUUAGUGUUUACAUUAAUUUAGGUUUCUUCAAAUAGUACAAUGGAUUCCAUUAAUUCAUAUUGCUAGUCUCCACUUAUUAAACUCUAGAAAUAAGAAAAAGAUUAAAGAAUAAGAAAACAAUUAAAAACUAAGAUUUAAUUAAUAUGUAAAUGAAUUUAUUCAAAAAAGACUGGAAAAUAUAAAAAAUUAAAAUAGCCUAAGAAAUGUAAUAAUUGAUUAAUAAAAUGGAUAAUUUAAAAAUUUUUAUUUCUCAUGAAGUUAAUCCUAACAAAAGAGAUUAAUAACUCAAAGAACUUAAUGAUACAAAUGAACAAUUAGAUUAGUAUAUAUAGUAUAUAAGUGAAAUGGGGAAAUAGUUUAAUCUCACCAUAGAUUUUAUAAAUCAAAUUAGAAAAGAAUUAAAAAAAGUUGAAGUCAAAAUUAAAUAAAGAAAGAUUAACUCAAUUGUAUUGGUAAUGAUUUAAAAUUUCUUAGAGGAAAAUCUGUACAAUAACUAUUGGAAAUUAGAAAAUGGAAAGUAUUAAAAGAAACAGCAAUCAAUAAUGUGAAAUCUCUAUAUGUUCCAUUAAAAACUUAAAGAAAAGGAAAAAAUAAAACAAGUAAUUUGAUGAAUUUAGAAUAAUUUAAUGAUAAAGAAGGAGAGGUAAAUGAGUUUUUAUUUGAUGAGAAAGAGAUAGUAUUAUUAGUACAUGGUGUAGCUGGAUCAGGUAAAAGUACAACAGCUAAGAAAAUAGAAGAAUUUAUAUGGAAUUUGCAUAAUUAAAAUAUAAAAAUAGGAAAUAAAUUGCUUAUACCUAUUUACAUUUCUUUACCAUCCUUAAAAAAUCCUAUUUAUUAAGUUUUAGAAGAAGCACUCCAUUAAGAUGAUUAUGGCUUCGAUAAUCUUUAGUUAAAAGAAUGUAAAGAGUUAUUGGAAAAGAUUGAGUUUAGAUUUUUACUUAUUAUGGAUGGAUAUGAUGAGAUGAAAUUGGAGAAUAUUUCAAAGAAUUUAUAUAUUACAAAUAAAGUUAAAAUAAAAUUGGUCAAAUCCACUUGUGAUUUUCACAAAAAGAGGUGA